AUGACCAAUAGAAUAUCAAUCCUUCUUCAAGAAUUUAACAUCAUCGAAAUUCAACACAUACGAGGAAAGCAGAAUUGUUUGGCUGGUAAUUUAUCAAGAAACCCAAUCAAACAACGGCACAUUGAUUUAUUGGAUUCAGAAUAUGGUAUUGACACGAAACAAUGGUCAGAAAACCAAAAGACGCCACAGUUUCAAGAUAAUUUCUCAAUUCCAAGCAGUAAUUCAAGUCAUUCAUUAAAAGGUAAACAUGAUUUUAGAGUUCCAUCCAAGAACUACAAUCGACAGUGUGAUCAACCAUCGGAAACUAUGAAUAAACCAAUAGUAUCAAUCAACAGCUCUACAUCAGAAUCACAACAUGCAAUUGUUCCAGUUGUGACUCGUUCGUCAAUACGAAAACAACAGCAGCUCACAACUGUCAAUGAAGAUGAUUCUUCUUCAGUUUCAGAAGAAUCAGACGAUCCACCACCAACAAUUCCAUUUGUAUGCAACAAAUUUGAUAUUAAGCAAUUACAAGAAGAACAACUGAAAGAUCCAGUUAUUCAUAAGCAAUUCCAAGAAAUCGUAAAAGAUCCACACAACAAAUAUUAUAUUAUUCGUGGUGGCUUUUUGUUCAAGUUGUUACCAAGACGUCUUAAACAAAAAAAGCGACAAUUAAUUUAUCUUCCAUCUUCAGUGAUUGAAACUUUGCUUCAAGCUUGUCAUGCUGAUCUAAUUGGUGGCGGACACUUCUCCACUCAAGGAGAAAUAUUGGUGGCCUGA